AUGUCGAGACCAACCAGAGUGCACAAAGGUUGCUACUCUCAAGCUCUCGACGAUUCAUCAAUGGAAAAUCUCUUCACGUUGGGAGUGGCGUUGCAAGUGGCGUUGGACUCGCAUUAUUCCAUCAAGAACAUCUUUGUUGAUACGUCCCGCACUUCUUACGUAGCUGCUGAUGGUUUGAGAGUUAAGCUUGAUGAUACCAUCACCUCUAUUCGACGCAGCUUGGAGUUUCUUGACCUCGCUCGAGGGGUGUUCUUCAAGGCUAUGACUAAUUCAGGCUCCUCUGGCAUUCACACAAUGGCUGCCAUUAUGUUUGUGCUCUUCACCAUCUUGUUGAUUUUGGAUGCAGCUCCUGGCAGAGGAGCUUGUCUGGAAUCAGAGAGGAAAGCUCUGCUUCAGUUCAAGCAUGGCCUUUUUGAUCCUGAGAACCGUCUCUUUUCAUGGCAGGGUUAUGACUGCUGCACAUGGAGAGGAAUAGCUUGUGAUAACCAAACAGGAGAUGUAACCAGUAUUGAUCUCCAUAAUCCAUAUCCUGAUGUUCUCAAUCCAUUUCCCAAUUCAACUGAUGAGUUCCUGAAUUCAUUGGUUUCUAUCAAGCUAUUGACAUACUUGAACCUCUCCAAUGCUGGCUUCUCUGGCACCAUCCCUGCUCAGCUUGGAAACCUUUCAAGCUUGCAAUAUCUUGAUCUUUCUUCAAGGGAAACUCCACUAUCAGUUGAUGACCUUCAGUGGCUAUCAAGGCUUUCUUCUCUAACUCACUUAGCCAUGGACAGUGUUGAUCUUUCACUGAUAGGACCUCAAUGGAUUCAUUCUAUUGGCAGGCUGUCAUCUCUGACUGAGCUGCAUAUGUAUUCAUGUGGGCUUUCUGGGAUAGCACAGUCUCUUCCUGUGGUUAACUUCACUAAACUUUCAGUAGUUGAUCUUUCAAUGAACAACUUCAAUUCAACAAUCCCCGGUUGGUUUCUCAACCUUAGCAGUUUAAUACAUAUGGAUGUUGGGGGUGCUGGCUUGCAUGGAUUUAUCCCAGUUGAGUUAUCUAACCUUCAUAAUUUGAGGUAUUUAGAUCUCUCAAUGAACGUGAAUCUCACAGCUGAUUGUUCCAUGCUGCUGAGUGGAGGUUGGAGAAGGAUUGAGUACCUUAACUUGAUGAGUAAUCAGGUUUCUGGAAAUUUACCAGUUUCAGUUGGUAAUUUCACUUCCCUUGUUUGGCUUAAUAUUGCCUACAACAACUUGGAAGGGGGUAUUCCGAGCUCCAUUGGUAAGCUCUGCAACUUGAAGAUACUGUCUCUAACUGGAAAUAAUUUGACACUUGAACUCCCUCAAUUCCCUGGAUUGGAUUAUAACCAACUCACCGGAGUUUUACCUGAAUGGCUGGGUGAGAUUAGAAACCUCCAAGCUCUUUUUCUGAACGGCAACUCCAUUCAAGGUCCAAUUCCUCCAUCCAUUGGGAAUUUAUCACUCCUUUUUGCUUUGGCACUUGCUGAAAAUAACUUGAACGGAACUCUUCCACCAACCAUUGGACAGCUCUCUAAGUUGAAGCAUUUUGAUGUCUCUUCAAACCAGUUGACAGGAAUAGUCUCUGAAGCUCAUUUUUCAAAAUUAUCUGGCCUUGAAUACUUCUCCAUCUUCUCCAACUCUCUGGUGAUCAAUCUAAGCUCAAGCUGGGUGCCUCCGUUUCAAGUUCAAGAACUAAGACUUGGUUCUUCUGAAGUUGGCCCUCAGUUCCCUGCUUGGCUACAAAACCAGACCAGACUUCAACAGUUGGACAUCUCAAAUGCUAGUAUUUCUGACAGCAUACCCUCAUGGUUCUGGGACUUGUCAUCCAAUCUCUACUUGCUCAAUUUAUCUUUCAAUCAGAUCAAAGGCCAGCUACCAAACCUUAUAAGCAUCACACCUUAUUCACAGCUUGAUAUGAAAUCAAACCUCUUGAGUGGUUCAUUGCCUAAUCUAUCUAAUGUUGUUGAAAUACUAGACCUUUCUGAUAACCAAUUCUCUGGUCAUAUCUCUCCUGAUAUUGGCCUGAUGCAGCCUUAUCUGAUUUAUCUAUCCCUCUCUGGUAACAACUUGUCUGGUGAAAUCCCGACAUCGAUCGGUAACAUGCUGGGACUUCAUGUACUUGAUUUGUCAAGGAACAAUUUAGAUGGUGUCAUCCCUGGGAACCUGCACAACCUUACUUAUUUGAUGGCUCUUGACCUCAAAACCAACUCUCUGUCUGGGACUAUUCCUCCAUCUAUAGGUAGUUUGCAAAGGCUCCAGUCAUUGCACCUCAGCAACAACAUGCUGUCAGGAGCCAUGCCAUCAUCCUUGCAAAACUGCUCCUAUUUGGAAAUGCUGGAUCUCGGAGACAACUUUCUAGAUGGUUCCAUCCCAAUUUGGCUCACAUCAAAGAUUCCCGGC